CAAAAACCUACUUUACUCGAUUUGCCAAAACAGUCUCGACAUCCCUACCCGGCAGCAGUCCGGCCUCCUCCUCUGCUCUCACUCUGAAGCUUGUAAGGUAUAGUAUUUGGAAGCAAAGAUGCAGGCUUGUAGUGGAGCUGCAUUGAUGGGUUCUCUCCAACAGCCCACUUGGACCAAAGGAACAAUUUUUCCAAACAAGGGGCUUACCGGUAGUGGAUUUUCACAUCAACUAAAGCUCAAUUGUGUGAAGCCCGUUAGAUCUUCUUCUUACAUUGAAGGAAGUUUGGUUGCUGGAAGGCCGUCCUCUUCUGUCUCUGUGCCUAUGCCUGAAAUUGGCGGUAAUGGAAGCAGUUUUGUAGACAAUGGGUUAAGUGAGGCUGACCCUGAGGUGCGUGCUAUUAUUGAUAUGGAGAAGCAGCGACAGUUCAAGAGUCUUGAGCUUAUUGCCUCAGAAAAUUUUACUUAUCGGGCAGUGAUGGAGGCAGUUGGCUCAUGUCUCACGAACAAGUAUUCAGAAGGAUUACCAGGUAAAAGGUACUACGGUGGAAAUGAGCAUAUUGAUGAGCUUGAAACACUUUGCCAAAGGAGGGCUCUUGAUGCAUUUCACUUAGAUGGAAAGAAGUGGGGUGUUAAUGUUCAACCAUUAUCUGGUUCUCCUGCUAAUUUUGAGGUUUAUACCGCAAUUCUUAAACCUCAUGAUCGUCUCAUGGGUUUGGACUUGUCUCACGGAGGACAUUUGUCUCAUGGUUUCAUGACUCCUAAAAGACGGGUAUCAGGCACAUCCAUUUAUUUUGAGUCCAUGUCGUAUCGACUCAAUGAAUCCACAGGUCUGGUUGAUUAUGACAAGCUUGAGGAAAUAGCUGACCGAUUUAAACCAAAACUCAUUAUUGCCGGGGCUAGUGCUUAUCCUCGAGAUUUUGACUAUCCUCGCAUGAGGAAGAUUGCGGAUUCUGUCGGUGCUUUUCUUAUGAUGGAUAUGGCUCACAUAAGUGGGCUUGUUGCUGCUUCUGUGCUUGCAAAUCCCUUUGACUACUGCGAUAUUGUGACCACAACAACACACAAGUCUUUAAGAGGUCCAAGGGGUGGGAUGAUCUUCUUCAAGAAAGAUACAGUUCUCGGGGUUGAUUUAGAAACUGCCAUCAACAAUGCUGUUUUUCCAGGUUUACAGGGUGGUCCUCAUAACCACACUAUUGGGGGCCUUGCAGUUUGCUUGAAGUAUGCACAGUCCCCAGAAUUUAAGGCUUACCAGAACCAGGUGGUAUCUAAUUGCAGGGCUCUUGCUAGCCGAUUAACUGAACUUGGAUACAAACUAGUUUCUGGUGGCAGUGAUAACCAUCUGGUUCUUGUGGAUCUCCGGCCUUUAGGUAUUGAUGGAGCUCGAGUGGAGAAAAUUCUCGACAUGGCUUCUAUCACCCUCAACAAGAACUCAGUACCUGGUGAUAAAAGUGCUGUAGUGCCUGGUGGCAUUCGCAUUGGAUCACCUGCCAUGACGACAAGAGGAUUCACCGAGAAAGAAUUCAUAGCUGUUGCAGACUAUAUUCAUGAGGGUGUGCAGAUAACAAUUGAUGCUAAACACGCAGCCUCAGGAUCGAAGCUCCAAGAUUUCAUGAAGUUUGUAGCUUCCCCCGAAUUCUCCCUAAAGGACCGAGUGUCAGAUCUGCAGAGAAGAGUUGAAGCUCUUACCACCCAGUUCCCGUUGCCUGGAGUAUAGCUCGUAUAAUUAGGCACAUGUGGUCAAUGUUCUCGUAAGGAAAUACAAGGUUAUUACUUGUAACUUAAGUUAGCGUGCUUUUUUCAGAUGUACUAAAUAUUCAUCUUCGGUUUUGUUCCUGUGCGAAGGUGAGGAAACGAGUUAAAUGACUUUGUCUACGCGAAGCGUAUGAACUUACUAUAUCAAUGGCAUGUUAGACGUA